UAUCGCCUUCAAGAUUAGUAAACGGCAUAUAGAUGAAUUUGAGUGGAGAUGCAUGCAAUAUGCAUGUAUCAAAUAUCAAACCACUUUGUUUAUGAGACAUGGUUCAAUUCUUUCAUUAUUUAGAAUUAAUCUUUAA